AUGGCGGGAAUCAUAGCCGUCAUAAGCCCGGAGCGGCGGGUCGAACAAAACCCCUUUGAUGUUGAGGCAUGGAACCUGCUGCUGCGUGAUGCUCAGCUCUUCCACAAGUGCCUCAUCAAAGUGUUGAAUAUUGAUCUGUGGAAAUGCUAUUUGAAUUACGUGCGAGACACCAAGGGACACUUACCUAGUUUCAGGGAGAAGAUGGCACAGGCGUAUGAUUUUGCGUUGGAGAAGGUCGGCUUGGACACAUUGAGCUACCAGAUCUACGCGGAUUAUAUCGCAUUUUUGAAAUCAGUGCCAGCAGUCGGGUCGUAUGCAGAGAAUCAGAAGAUCAGCGCAGUGAGAAAAGUAUUUCAUCGAGGAAUUGUCACACCGCUGUUCAACAUAGAGCAAAUCUGGGGAGAGUACUGCACCUUUGAGAAGAGCGUCAACUCGGUAUUGGCUGAGAAACUGAUUGCUGAUAAGGGCCGCGACUACCAGAAUGCACGGCGCGUAUCGAAGGCGAUGGAAAAUGUGACUCGUGGCCUCAAUCGAAACAUGAUAUCCGUGCCCCCACGAGGCACCCCUCCAGAGAUGAAGCAGGUCGACUUGUGGAAGAAAUACGUGCAGUGGGAAAAGAGCAACCCACUGCAGACCGAAGACUAUAGUCUGUACACCAGGAGAGUUGUGUACGCCUAUGAACAGGCCCUCUUGUGCCUUGGAUACCACCCGGAUAUGUGGUACGAAGCGGCAGUCUUCAUGCAGGAGGCGAGCAAGUCUUUGGCCGAGAAAGGAGUAUGUAUUUAUUGA